UCCGUGCACCGUGACAAGAGCAAACAACACAAAUAAAACGAUUGUUAUAACACUUGUUAGAUAACGAAGCUUUCUAAGGCAGUCGAAAACGAACAUACUUGCACCGAAGUCGGCCGUUCAGUGGGACAAAUUCGCCUGCCAAGAAGUUGUGGUGGUGCUUUUUUCGGGGGUAGGAGUACGACGGUCGCGGACGCUAUAUAAAACUGAAAGAUCGUUCGUUAAUCGUCCUCAGUGCUGUAGAUGAGAUGUUAAAAUACUUGUGCUUCGGUAUUUUAAUUUGCAUAGUCAGAUCUGAGGAUGAUGAUUCGACGCGGAGCAACGUGGCGAUGAGCAGGAUCAUCCACGGCGAUGUGGUCGACAUCGAGGAUCAUCCCCAUCAGGUCGCGCUCGUUGCCCGAAAGAACACCCGCAGCAAAAUCAUUUGCGGCGGCGCCCUCGUGAAGCCGAGGGUGGUGUUUACGGCGGCCCACUGCACCCACGUCAUCCCGCACGCCCGGCCUAGGGAAGGGUUGUCUGUGUUGGUGGGCGCGAACUCGCUUCACGACCCCAAAGGCACGGAACACAAGAUCCAGAAGGUCAUCAAGCAUCCGGCGUUCGGAUACAACAAUUUCGAUAAUGAUUUUUCGGUAGUGCUGCUCAAGAAGCCGGUGGAUUACAGCGAUAGGGUGCAGAAUAUACCGAUUUCGUUGCACGACCAUCGAGAGGGAACUCAAGCCACAGCUUCAGGAUAUGGAUUGACUGAGUAUGGCUUUCCUUCUAAGAAUUUGAGAGCAGUAGACUUGACGAUAGAAAGACACUCUAAAUGUCAAAGUUACUUCCCCAAAGCGUUUCAUCCUAAAAUUACAAAGAAUCAUGUUUGCGUUCGGCCUGAUAAGAAAACAACCUACUAUGGUGAUUCUGGCGGUCCAUUAGUGGUGGAUGGUAAAUUAGUGGGUUUGGUAUCAUUCGGUAGGACAGUAAGCGGCAACAAGAAAACGACUGUUUUUACUAGAGUAAGAAACUUCCUUGAUUUCGCAGAUUCUGUAAUUCCAUCAGACUUCCAUCACAAUAAAUAAUACAA